AUGGAGGAAAAGAAGUUUUUGAAGAAAAAUAGGAAGUUGAGGGCAUCUCCACAUUCUAUGAAAUUAGCUGGUAAAUUAGUGAAAUAUAACCCUAGUUUUAUUAGGAAUGAUGAUGACGAUUUUGAAGAUUUACUAGAAUUUGGGUGCGAUUUGGGGCAUGCAACCCCUCAAUCUGUUGAAGGAAUGCAAAAUACCCCUAUUGAAGGAAUGCAAAGUACCCCUAUUGAUAGAAAGACUCGUUCACAUAGCGAGAUUCCCAGCGAUAGAGUAACGAGGUUACAAACUGAUCAGCGAGUAGUUGUUGAAAAAGGCACAAGUUCAAAAAGAAAGAUCAAAAUGGUAGGAAAGGAUGUUGUGAAGGAUAAGGGUAAAGGUUCUAAAAGGAAGGCUAAAAUGGAUGGGCAUGAUGUUCCAUCAAAAAAGAGAAAAGUUCAUGUUGAUCAAAAAUGUUCUAGCUCAUCUGAUUUGAAGCUUUGGGAUUACUAUGUUCCUUUGGGUGAUCAUUAUAGUACUCGUAUCAGUGUGCAUACAAACUACAGUAUAGUAAAAUAUUUGAAAGAUACUUUGGAUGAUCAGCGGAUUGAGAUGGAAGUGGUGUCACCUAAAGAUGAUGAGUUAUGGAUUAAAGUGAAUAGCACCAAGUUGCGCUUUAGACUUGCAGAGUUUUGUAUUAUCACAAGUUUAAAGUGUAAUGGUGAUCUCAAUAAGGAUUAUGAAUCUGUCAAGUUGAGUCGGUUGAUGGAAUUUUUCCUAUUUUCUAUUACAAAUGAUGAUUUGAUAAUAAAAAAUAAUUUUCUGUUGGUUGAAUUUGGUGAUUUUGAGACUUUUCCUUGGGGAAAAGUGGUUUUUAAUGCUACGUUGGAGUUAAUGAAGGAUAAGGUUCGUAGCAGGAGAGAGAUAUACCGAUAUGGUGGUUUGCCUUUGGCAUUCAAGUAUUGGUUUUAUGAAUGCUGCCCCUAUACUCACAAAAACCUUGCUUACCAGAUUGAAUAUCUUGUGCCACGCAUACUAAACUGGACUGUAAAGAAGAAGGUGACCUUCAAGAGGUUGAGAAAAGAAUUUUUUCUUUUAAGUCAAGAGCAGUUGGUGUUUGGUAAUAUUGCCCCAACAAAUGUUGAACAAACAAGGCUUGAAUUGUAUGAUUUUAUUCCUGUGUAUGAAGAUCAAAAUGCUGAAGUUAAUCCAAGAGAUGAUGUUGAUCCACAAACCAGUAACUUGAGUUCAAGCGAGAAUGAGCUGAAACUUCUGAGAAGUGAAAUCAACACGGUAAAUGACAAGGUUUCAUCUUUGGAGCAGUUAAUGAUUACCUCAUUUGAAAAGGUUUUUAAAGCUCUAGGUGAACGCGAUGCUUCAAAGGGUAAUAGAAAAGAGGACGACCAUCAUGAUAGUCAUGGCCAUUAUGAUACUGGUGAUAUUCAUAAGGAUUAUUUUGGCGAUAAGAAAGUUGUAGAGAAUAAUUUUGGUAGUGAGGAAGUUAUGAAGAGAAAUAUUGGCAGUGAGAAAGUUGUAAAGAAAAAUGUUGAUACUGAGGUAAGUCUAGAGCAAACUGUUGUUGUUAUGGAAGGUGUGGUGAAGGAUUCUAUAGAAGCUGGUAAAAGUAGUGAAGGAGUUGGUGAUGACAAAACCUUGAUUGAGGAUGCCGAGCCUAAAAUCAUUGCAAUCACCCAGAAGUUUUGUGACAAGUUGUUGGUGGAGGAUUUUGUACAAGUUGUUGGUAAAAAUAGUUGUGAGGAAGUUGGUGAGGAUAAUGGUUGGACUAGUGAUGCCGAGACUCAAAUAACUGCAAUCACCCAAAAUCAAAAUUUGUCAAUUUUCCAUGGAUUAAAAGCACAAAUUUCCAAAAACAAGGAAGAUCGUAUAGUUGUUGUUGAUCAUGACGCACCUGAAAUGAUCCCUAGAGAAAGGAAAUCAGCAGGGGUCAUGAAGUCACCAUUCAUGAACAAAUUUGACUCUGGUGGCACCAUCCAAGUUGCUCAAGAUAAGCCAACUAAGUCAAAGAAGCCCAUCUUGACAAAUAAGUCCAUCUUCACUAUAAAGUAUCAUUUUCAAGGAAAUGUUGACAAUCCUGUUGAUUUCAGAAUAUUGUGUAAGUGGAAUACUUUCAUCAAUAGAGGCUUAAGGACUAAUGCACCGGACAAUGUUUAUACAGAGAUUGAAAAUAAGCUAAAUAAAAUCUUUGAAUUUGGAGUUGAUGAUAUUGGAGAAAAAAAUGGUUCUUCACAUUUGCAUAUCCCGGCCUACCCUUGUGUGAUUCAAUUACGAGAUAUAAUUUUUCAAAAUCGGAUCAGUGCAACAGGAUUUUCCUCUAUGCGAUCGCGAAAAGGCUUCCGCGAUCGCGAUUCACCGUGCCUAAACAGCAAAAUUGCUCUUCGCGAUCGCGACCAUUUGUCCGUGAUCGCGAUAAAGAAAGAGAAGUACGGUGUUGAUGUUCCAGUAAGAUUCACAACUACCGACUAUUGGUUUAACUGCUUGAUUUCAAAUUUAUACAAGAAGUUUUUGGAGAAAAAGAGAGACAUGAAUUUGAUUACUGAAACAGAUCCAAUUGUUGAGUAUAUACUUGAGUAUUUUUUAAGAUAUAAUGUUCCUUGGUGUACUAUUGAUGAAGUCCUUUUCCCAAUAAAUCUGUCUGAUAAGUGGUACUGGAUAUUGGCGAGACUGUCAUUCAAAGAUCUGCGCAUUUAUAUAUACGAUUCCAUGAGUGGCGCGCGGCAGAAUAGUACAGUUCGGAGAUCAAUUGAGCCAUACUCAGUGUUGCUCCCAUAUUUCCUUCAUCGUAUUGGUUUUUUGGACACAAAGGAGAAUCCUAUGGGAAUCCCCACCAUUGAUCCUUUUGAGAUUCAUGUCAUUGAUGGGUUGCCAACGCAAGAUAACACUGACUGUGGUGUUUAUGUUGCGGUAUUUGCUGAGUACAUCAUUCAAGGCAGCAAUAUUCCUGAAGCUAUUGAUAUUGAUGGGAUACGGAACCGAUAUGGUAUAUUGCUAUGGGAUUAUGGAGUGAAGAAACAAAGAGCACAUGCACUUAGUGAUGCCGAGUCUACUGGUAGAUUGAAGGAUCUGGCCAAAAAGGAUAAUAAGAAAAAGGGCAAGUCGCAUUCCGUUGUUGAUGAUAAGGAUUUAAAGGAUAACAAGAAAAAGGUCAAGUCGCAUUUCGUUGUUGAUGACAAGGCUUUGAAAGAUAACAAGAAAAAGGGCAAGACGCGUGCCAUUGGUGAUGACGAGACUUUGAAGGAUAUCAAGAAAAAAGGCAAGUUGAAGGGCAAGAAAAAGUAG